GGUCAGUGUGAAAUGCCUCGGCGCGGGAUUUCCUUCUCUGCUGAAGUCAGGUCGCCCUUACUACGGUUCGAAGCUGAAUAACACUGACAAGUGAACAACCGUUCCAACUGUAUGUUCAACUUUUAGAGUCCAUACGCUGCUGCAAGUUGGAAGAGUCACCUUUAAACCCACACAGUCCUCACCACAGGACCUCUAGCAAAUGUGGCAGCCAUUAACUCUGAAUGAGGAUCCGACAUCGGACAUCACAUUGCAACAGAACCUCUGGAAAAGACGUCUGUACUUACCGCAGCCAUGGACAUUGGUGGAUUUAAUCUUUUGGCUCCUCGCAACAACAACGCGAACCAACAGGCUCACUUGUGGAGACCUUGGACAGGAACCGAAACGAGAACUACCACACUCACGGCUCCUGCUUCACCCAAACCAGCCAUGUUCGUUCACCCGGUCAAGUUGUACUGGCCCAAAACCAAAUGCUUCGACUACCUGUACCGAGAAGCAGAGAUGCUCCUCCGGAACUACCCGGUCCAAGCGACCAUCUGCCCCUUUGACGACUCCUCCAGCAGUGAGGAAGACAGCGAGGAAGAGGAGGAUGACUAUGAUGAUGAUUAUGAGGAGGAGAUGGAGAUGGAGAAGCAACAGAACUGAAAUAUUUCCACAAACCUGCAUAAUGCCUUAAUAUAUUUUUAUAUUUAUUGCUGUAAAUAACUGUAAAUAGUUCCUAUGUCGUUUUUUUUAAACCCAACAAAAAGUCUAUCAUGCAUUUAAGUUAUU